CAGUAGUCACUCGCCAAUCGCCAUUCGUUUACCGUCACUCAGUAAUUAGUCAGUAUUCGCUCCUGUGGUCGCCGGUUACUAUCACUUGAUUGUUUGACGCCGACUCGACGUUAGUUAUUUGUCUUACACGCUGCCGGCCAAGCAAUUUUUAUAACUAUGGAGAUUGAAAUUGUAACAACCACUGACAAGAAUAUUGGAAAAAUUAAAGUAACAGAUGCUUCUCAGAUUAGUGAUAUCAAGAAAAGCAUAAGCAAAGUAAAGUCAGUUUUAUAUCCAGACAGACAAUCUAUCAGGCUUGAACCUAAAGGAAAAACUUUAAAGGAUACUGAUAAAGUUAAAGACUUAGGAUUAAAAAAUGGAUCAAAACUUUAUGUUAAAGACUUGGGCCCUCAAAUUGGAUGGUCUACUGUAUUUAUGGCAGAAUAUGCCGGACCCUUAUUUGUAUAUUUAAUAUUUUAUGCAAGGCCUAGUCUAAUUUAUGGUGCUCAAGCUAAUCAAAAGAUGUCACACAUUGCUGAAGUUGCUGCUUACUGUUGGUCAUUCCAUUAUGCAAAGCGUGUGUUAGAAACAUUGUUUGUGCACCGUUUCUCUCACAACACAAUGCCAAUAAUGAAUCUUUUUAAAAACUGUUCAUAUUACUGGGGCUUCACUGCUUUUGUUUCAUACUUUGUCAACCAUCCAUUAUAUACUCCACCAUGUACAAUUCAAUUUUACUUUGGUCUUGGUACUUUUAUAUUCUGUGAAUUAGGCAAUUUAAGCAUUCACGUUGCACUGCGAAACCUUCGUCCUCCGGGUACCAAAAUCAGACGUAUUCCUGUUCCCACUAUAAAUCCUUUUACACUUCUUUUCAACUUAGUUUCUUGCCCUAACUAUACUUAUGAGGUUGGUAGUUGGAUUGGAUUUACUAUAAUGACAUCUUCAUUUUCAGCUGGAUUAUUUACUUUUGCUGGAUUCUACCAAAUGGCAAUAUGGGCUCUUGGUAAACACAAGAAUUACAAAAAAGAAUUCUCUGACUACCCGAAAUGUAGAAAGUCUAUUAUACCAUUUUUACUUUAAUUUGUACUGAAUGUUUUAGAUAAGUUUUUUCUAGGACUGAAUAUGGUGGGUGUGUAUUUUUUAUAGGUGUUUUGGUUUGUAUCUUGGGGAUACUAUAUUAUGUUUAAAAUGUAUUGUUGUAUGUUUUACAACUGUUAAUUAAAAUACAAAUAAUUGAUCAAAUUG